CACUUGUGCCAUUUGAUAAUGUAGAACUUAUUAUAAAUAUAAGGUUUCUAAUUCUUUGACAUAAAUAUUUGUUUUGCAAUGCAUUUGGAAUACAAGUGACGGGGUGGGCGAUACUAUUAUCGAUACUGUCGAUAUCAAAAGUUAGGUGAAACGGCUUGCUGCAUCCUGGAAUCGAUACUUAUCGAUUUUGCUCACUCACCCGUUUUCACACCGGUUGCUAUCGUAUCUGUUUUCCAGCAUAAACCUUUAGCAGCGCUGCUAUCGGGCUGCAAAAUUCGAGAGCGCAGUACUUGCCGGAGGCCCAGCUACUAUUUCUCUAGCGCGUUUAUCAGCGACCGGCACGGUAUGAAGUGAUGAGAGAGCGCUGCCAAACAGGGUAUGAAAGUACACCGUUAAAGAUGCCCUUAUAAUAUAUAAUUAUUAAUCAAUUAAAGGGCGUAAUGUUUGUUUCUUUUAAAACAAAAAAACACCCCAUUCGUCGCAGAAACGGUCGCUAUACAAAUUUCAUGGCGACAAUUUUUGCGACGAACUCGGUGAGUUUUGUUUUUAAAGAAACGAACAAUAACUGUAAAGGAUAACAAAUUGAGCAAGAGAUUUUCCAGUUAUAACUCUAACCCGUUUAUUGUAAGAUUUUUCUGAUUAGAUCAUCAAUAUUGACACUAUUUUCGACAAAACUAGAGCUGGAAAAGAAUUGAUGGAAGUUUUAAAAAACGCAAUUAGCCCGGAUGAAUCUUGUUUAAGAACAGUUAAGAAAAUUUUAUGCGAUUAUCUUCGGUUAAAUUAUGGAUUACACCCCUCUGCAUUUUAUAAAAAUCUUCUUGCUCAAUCAUUAGUUAUAUCGUAUCCAACUUUGGCGUCUUCUUCUUCCGAUGUGCCCCAGGCUUUGUGGUUCCACGCAAACGCUCGUGGAAGACACAAGCAUUCCGGCCGAUUACAUUACCAUAUGGAAUAUCUUGCGCGAAAAUCAGGCGAAAGGAAGGUUCGGCGAGUUAUAUUAGAGACUUAGUUCGAUACGAUCACUGAUCCUCUUGCGUCCACCCAAACUAUAAUUGAAAAUAUAGAGGAAAUGAGACUAGAACUGAAAUUUUUAUGUCCCAGUCCGAAGACAAAAGAGAGAGCGGUUGAGCUUUGGCAGAUUACAUUUGAUGAGAGAAGCGUAAUGCGACAACAAUCGAAAAUAGAUGUUUACAUGAAUGAGUAUCCGGUUUUUUCUGCAUUCAAUGGAUUAAUGAUUGAGUUGGCUUUUACCAUGCUAAUGCCAAGUGCAAAAAAAUUUGCAGAAGAGUUUGAAAGUAUUAAACCGAAGAUACUUCAGAUUUAUCACGAUGCCUAUCUCAACAUUUCGAACGAUGUGCUGAGAACUUUUGCUCUUAUACGCAAACAAAACCCAACCCGAGGAGUGAAGCGCACAAAAGACGCUAUACAAGGAAGAGAAAAUCCUUUGAAAGGAAUCAUUGAACCGUUACAGCCUGAUGAUCCGUUCCCUGCAAACAUGAACCUGGACGUACCGGUGCUUUACACUAAACCGAAUUGCGGUACCAUUUUGUGGAAAAAUUGUCGAGUAGACAUAGAUGGGGACAUUUUUAAAAACAUCGAAUUAUUUUUUAAAUUUUAUUAUUUUAUUAAUGUCACAUCGCAAUUGGCUGAUAAGCAAUUUUUUUUAUUUAUAAUGGCAAGAUUGUUUGGCGUUGGAAAUUUUUCCACCACAGGAGAGAAGUUUAUUAGAAGCCUGCAGUAAAAAGCCCAUAUUCA